GGGGGAUAUGAUCGUGAACGAGCGCGCAGUCAGGCUGGCUGAUACCGUUAGUCACGUCUGGGAUCUGCAGCGAUAGAGAGAGAGAGAUGCUGAGGUGACAGGGAGAGAGAAGUAGAAAAGGGACGAUUAAAUCAAACUCAUUAUGUCACUGCUUAAUUCACAUGUCGUAUGUAAAACCUCAGCUGCAGAAUCAACGUUGCAUGCAUAAUAACGCGCCCGCUGUGGAAUUCCACUCAAUGUCUCAACAUUCCGUCAAGACAAACAUAGAGGAUUAUUUGUAACCACGCCCGGCUCCUUUCGGAUCAAGGAUCGGAGCGGUCAAGGGCCUGUUGUUUAGGUCUCUACAGGAACCUGAUGCCCGACCCAAUCUAAUACGGCUGGUGGUAGUUAGCAGGAGUGGUAGCAGAGGAAGACCCACAGUGAGCAGCAGUCCACCGCAGGCGUGAUGAGUGCUGCAGCGAUGGACCAAGCUGACAUCCUCACUGUGCUUGUCCUGGUCAAGGAACGAUGGAAAGUGACAAAGAAGAUCGGCGGCGGUGGCUUUGGGGAGAUCUACGAGGCGUUGGACCUGCUGACCAGGGUCAGUGUUGCUCUGAAGGUGGAGUCGGCACAGCAGCCUAAACAGGUCCUCAAGAUGGAGGUGGCUGUCCUCAAGAAACUCCAGGGUAAAGAACACGUGUGUCGCUUUGUUGGAUGCGGCCGCAAUGACCGCUUCAACUAUGUGGUGAUGGAGCUUCAGGGGCGUAACCUGGCAGAGCUGAGGCGGAGUAUGACGCGGGGCACGUUUACAGUCAGCACCACCCUGAGACUGGGACGACAGACACUAGAAGCUAUAGAGAGCAUCCACUCUGUUGGCUUCCUGCACAGAGACAUCAAACCAUCCAACUUUGCCAUGGGCCGGUUCCCCAGUACCUGUAGGACCUGCUACAUGCUGGACUUUGGCCUGGCACGCCAGUUCACUAACUCCUGCCAAGAGGUCCGACCGCCUCGGCCAGUAGCAGGGUUCAGAGGCACAGUCCGCUAUGCGUCCGUCAACGCACACAAGAACAAGGAGAUGGGUCGGCAUGACGACCUGUGGUCCCUCUUCUACAUGCUGGUGGAGUUCAUGGUUGGACAGUUGCCAUGGAGAAAGAUCAAAGACAAAGAGCAUGUAGGGAAGUUGAAGGACACCUAUGACCACCGGCUCAUGCUGAAACACCUGCCUGCUGAGUUCACUGUCUUCCUGGAUCACAUCUCUAACCUGGACUACUUCACCAAACCAGACUAUCAGCUGCUGUUGUCAGUGUUUGACAACAGUAUGAAGACCUACAACGUGGUGGAGAAUGACCCGUAUGACUGGGAGAGGACUGGGUCUGAUGGUACUCUGACCAUCAACACUACAGCCACCACACCACAGCAUCACACACGACUCACCCCAGCACACAUGGGCAUGGCCAAUGCAUCCCUGAUCCCUGGGGACCUGGCGAGGGAGAACACAGACGAUGUUCUGCAGGACGAGCAGCUUAGUGACAACGGGGAGAACAACCCUCCUCCAGACCGCCGCCCCGGAUCCCCCAGCAUGCCCCGGGCCAACCAGGAAGCUGACGUCUGGGAGGAGCUGGACCGUAACCGUAACCGCAUCAGGACCGCUGUGUGGAAGGCAGCAACAGAGGAGGAGCACAGCAACAACCAGGGGGGUCUCCAGAGCCCGUAUGCCAACCUCAGCCUGGGCUCCCCUGUCCGGGUACACUCUGAGAUAGUGGGGGUGUCAGGACAGGAUGGUGGUAGUCCUCUCCUCAGGAAGCUCCGUAACAUCCACAGCUUUGAGCUGGACAGGAGGCUGACCCUGGAGACCAAGCCCAGUCCUGAACGGUUCAUGGAGGCGUGCUCAGGGAAUCAGCUGGAGGGCUGUGGGCAGCAGCAGGAGAAGGGCCUGGCUGUACCCACUGGAGGUGCCACAGGACCAGGGCGUGGUGGCACUGACCGAGUCUGGCACAACGACGAGGAGUUCCUAUCCGGUGGCGGUGCCAGCGGCUCACCCAAACCCGUCUCCCCUCACUCCCACAGGUCUCUGGAACAGGGCGAGGGGGCCCCCAGCAGCGGAGGCUUCGUGGCCCUCAACCUGAGCUCCGGCCAGGGGAAGGUGGACUCCAGGGAGUGGGUGAUGAUGGAGAGGCCCAGCGGGUCCCCAGGGACAGGAAUGGGAGAUAAAGCUAUGACCAGCCCCUCCAAGGAGGAAGAAGACGAGCUGCAGGUGCUGGAGGUACCCCUGGGGGCAGGAGAGGGGUCCACGGGGAACCCCAGUCCUGGUCAGAUCCAUGGGGACAGGGAUGGGGACCUCCAGGGGCAUCCAGGCGCCAACGGGCGACCCCCCUGGGUGGACAGGCUGGAACUGAGUGUGGGAGCUACGGGAAGCCUGCCCCCUGUCACCCCCUCUAGCCCUGCUGAUGCCCUGGCUGAGGGAGCACUCACACAGCUCCCUACCUCUCCUCCAUCUCUGCCUGAGGAGGUGUUGGCCAGGAUGUCCAGUCCCCUGCACCUGCGUUCCCCAAGCCCGCACACCCAGACCCUCCUCACCACCCUGUCGGACCCCCUGCACCAGAGGGACCCCCCUGGGAUGAGUCGCAGCUACUCAGCCGACCACCACAACCAGUACCUCCUCCAUCCCACCUCCUCUUCCUCCUACCACGCCUCCCUACCGCCACCUCCUCACCCCGGCCUCGGUUCCGCCCGUAACCAAUCACCCUCCGGGCGCAGGAAACUGCCCGCUAUUCCGGCGGGCGCCGCCAGUAGCAAGUUCCCUUCCGUUAUACGCAUCACACGCGCCCAACUCCAGCAGCUGACAGCUCAGCAGUCCCCGUCUGGCUCAGACUGUGCUCCACAGGGCCUACAGCUGGAGAGACGAGAAGAUGCAGCAGCUGAGGUCCAGCAGCCCCAGGAUAAUACUGCUACCACUGACAUCUACAUCCUGCCCACCCCUAGCCACACCCCUAGCCAGCCCGGCAGCCCCACCAGCCUGGAUGACCUCCUGGCAGAUACCCUGAUCAACGGACGAGACACCCAGACCUACACCAAAGCCCACAGCCCUGUGCCAAGCCGAGCGUCCUCUCCUCGCUCCCCCAUUCUCCUCGCUCCCCCGUUCUCCUCGCUCCCCUGUUCUCCUCGCUCCCCCGUUCUCCUCGCUCCCCUGUUCUCCUCGCUCCCCUGUUCUCCUCGCUCCCCCGUUCUCCUACCUCUCCCCAUCCUCCUCACUCUCCCCGUUCUCACUCCCCCGUUCUCCUCCCCCUUCCCCUCACUCCCCCACAGCCCACUGUUAGGCCUAGUAAACGGCCAUCUCUCUCCCCCAGCUAACGGCCAGGGAGACGUCAGUGGCAGUGGAGCCUUUCCAGAGCUCAAAGACCCUGAGAGUGACCAACCCCAACCUGACAGGGCAGAUGGGGUGGAGACCACUGACCAAACCCCAGCUCUGACCACCCCCUCUCCGCCACCCAGCCCCCGUAAGGACCCCUCCCGCAGGCUGAGCCGUAUCCCUGUCCUGCUGGACCUUCUCCCCACCCCUGGCUCUGCCAUGGAGAAGCUGCUCCAGAAGAAAGCCCCCCACCACCAGGGAGGAGGCCACCACCCAGCCCCCUCUCCCUCUAUCUCCCACCGCGGCCCCGUCGUGGCCUCGCUCCCCCACGGGGACCAGCUGUCCUCCGCCUCAGACCGCUCUGAGAAGGCCGAUGAGUCGUUCCUGGGCUCGCGCUCUGACUGCCAGGGGAAUGACGCCCCCUCCCUCUCCUCCUCUUCCAGCCCCCUGUUCCGUAAGAGCAAGAUCCCACGCCCUUUUAACCCUACCAACCCGGCCCCAGAGCAGGAGAGUGCUGCACAGUACCUUCCACGCCCACCCCCGGGGAGACCACCCAGUCGGCUUGCAGCGGAGGGCAGACUGAAGCGUUAUCGGAUCCGAGCGGGCAGCACAAGGGACUCAGACCUCCUGACCUGUCUGUCCCAGCUGAUGCACCAUGGUCAGGGUGGUGGAUCUGCCCGCGGUUCCCCCCACCACGGCCACUCCUCAGCCCAGCUUGUAGGCUCCCGGAUGGGCAUGUGUAGCCUGACCAGCUCCCCCCACCACCAUCACCACCGGAGCUCCAGUGCCUCCCCACGCAGCUGUUCCUCUCUACAGCGCUCUGUCUCCUCCUCCCCCUCUCGUCACGAACACCGCGGGGGAGAGCGAGGCAGAGUGGUUUGUUUCGGUCGCUCCUGUUCUCCUCCCAGCUUCUCUGGGUCCCCCCCUCCUCCCCGGCGCUCCUAUCCCCACCAUCAGGAGAUUUGCUGCUGCCGCCAGGCCCGCACCGGCUCCCACCACCACCACGCCCUCAAGUGGAAAGCCUGCAGCCGCGAGGAGAGAGAGAGAAAGUGCUCCAGCAAGCUGAGCAGCAGAUAAUGGGUCACUGCUCUGGCCCUGGUCCUAGCCUGACCCAUAGAAACCCCUGGCCCCGUUUAUUCAAGUGUCUCAGAGUAGGACUGCUGAUCUAAGAUCAGUUUGGCCUUUUAGGUAAUAAUGAAUAAGAUUACAUUUACAAUCGUAUUCAUUAUGACCUAAAAGGUUAGACUGAUCCUAGAUCAGUAGUCUUAUUGUAAGAGCAUUUACGAGUAUGGCCUGGGAGUCAGUGUCAUUGCCACAGCAGAGGGUGGGAUCAGGAUGUUGAUGCAGACCAAACGAUCCUGCUCUGGAUCAAUGAAGGCCUGAGGCUUCUGUCAGAGAAUACUGAACAUAAUGUCCCCCCCUCUCCUCCCCUGUCCCCCCCUCUCCUCCUUCACACUUUCUUCUCUAAUUCCAACUAUUUGGUCAUUGUUUAGUCCCUAAUUCAUAUGCCCACUUUAAUACUUCAUACCUAAUGCAAAAAGGAUCUAUGUGCAUUAUGCUAUGUAUAAGAUGUUGGUGUUCUUGUGGGGUGUUUUCCCUCAUAUCAUCAGUGAAGUGAACACACUUAGCCCUCAUUCAGAAAACCCUAGGUCAGUCAGUGGAUGAGCACUCAUUUAUUCAUCACUCACCAAUUUAAUAUAGACUCAGUCUAUUCUGUUUCCUCUGUACUGACCUGGGGAGUGCAAGGUAUAGCAAGUCUACAUUUAUGGCCAUGAAGCUCCAGAGAAAUGUACACUAUCUACAGAACCUAUUUAUUUACAUCUUGACACACUUGUCACACCAGGUACACACUAACUGAUGACAUCAUCGAUUGAUGUGUCCUCCCUCUCUCUGACUUCAGAUGUACAGUGAGUGUCGUUUAUAUCAAAGGCAUUUCAAGCAAUCAAUUGAUCAAUGAUAGAAGUGAUCAGUCUUUUGAGAAGGAAGUGAUCCUUCCUUUAAAACAAUCAUAUAAAAUGUGUGUGUGCUCACACACGUACUUGUGCCUAAUGUGUUGACUGAUCUGGGGAAUCUAAAUGGCAAACUAAAUGUGUGAUUGAACACUAGUUACUGGGCCAUGAUUCCCUUUGUAUGCUCCUCUUCAGAAUGGAGUCUGACUUUGUGUCCCAAUUCUCUACCCUUCCUCCCUGGACUUAAUAGGAAAUUAAUGGUGUAAGAGAUAUGAUGGCAACCCUCCCUAAGUUUGCCCAUGCUUACAACCAUCCAAUUCAUUUAAAUAUAUGGA